CAGCUGAUUAUUGUUUUGGUUCCUCGAAGGGAUGUUAUGGGGCCCAGUUUCUCUUAUAUAAAGUUUGAAUUAUAAUUGCUCUGCUUAUGCGUCUAACUAGGAUCCUGCUCAAACCCAAAGCGUCCGAAGUGUUAACCGCUUACCUGAAGCAAUGUAACGAACCGCCAUGGACGUCAUAUUUCGUGAAGUUCAAAGAUGUUGAGAACGAUCAGUUUGGAAAAUCCCAUUUCAACUGGACUUUAGACACAGGAGCAAAUUAUCAUAUCCUGCGAACUGGGUGUUACCCAUACUUAAAAUAUCAUUGCAGUAAACGACCGUGGCAGAACCUCGACACGGAGGAUAAAUUCUUUAGGAUAUUGAAAGUUAUGAACUUAGGUCUUCCGUUGUUAUUUUAUGGUUUAGCUGCCACGUGGCUCAUUUCUCACAAGGAAACAGUGAGAUUACAAGAAGGGGACGUAACCAUUUAUUUUUUGUACGCAGAAGAUAAAGGAUCACAGUUUUGAGUUGACUGAGGUAGACUGAGACAAUAGUGUUUCAGUGUUUAGAUCCCAUUUUAUGUAAAUAAUGCAAAUAAAACUAGUUUAUUCUAA